AUGAAUGAAGAAAUAGAUGAGUAUGAUAUUUACCAUCAGGAUUUUACAACAGCAUCAGAAUGGGAAAUAUUCAUUGCUCGUAUAGAGGAGAUAAUAAAAGAUUGGAAAUUGUCGAAAUCAUUUUUAUCUAAAUUAUCAGGAGGGUAUACAAAGAAAUGGAUUGGAAAAUCAGAGGAAAUACAGUUUCAGGGCAACAAAUACAUAUUAUCUUAUCAUAUGCUGGAAACGGCCAAAUCUGCAGAAAGCUCUGUAGAAACAAAGGAUAAGUCUAUUCUUGUAGAUCUGCAUAAUGGUCUUUGGGAAUCUACAACAAAAUUUAUGGACGACCUUGAUGGAAGUCCUUUUCCAGUUUCAAGUUGGUAUGGCUUAAAACGUUAUUUAAUGCUGUAUUCAAGUUUACCAUUGGUUGAUGGAAAUUUAAUAAAACUUGUAAUGAGCUCUGCAAAUAUUGCUUUUGCUAACACAGACUGUGGUGUGCCUUUCUUUGUUAAGAUAAGAGAACAUUGGCAACCAACAUAUUUAGGAUUCUAUGAGGACACUGAACACAAAGUGAGUUUUGACACAAUCCAUUUGAAAAGAAUUUCAAACCAGUGCUCACAUCUAAGCGGGUUGGUGAGCUUAUUUAAAUCAAAAAUUGCAUCUCCUGUUGCACUAGAUGCUGUUGUAGUGUCUACUAAGUUUUCUUACGAAUUAAAAGAUGUUGAUGCAUUUGCUUGGAGGAAGACCACACAGUCAAAUGAGUUCCUAUCAAUAGAAGGAUUUGAUGUCAGAAAGCUAUUGGAACUUCCUUUUGGUUCUGAAAAGAAUCCCAUACAAAGUGUGCUCCUAAAUACUAUCUGGCCAAAGUUCCGUGAGUGUGCUAUAGUGGAAUCUUCUACAUUUUCUGAAUAUGAUCCACUCAUGGCUCCUACUUGGACAAUUAGCCUCAAAAUGAGGGAAAAUUUCAAUUGUCAAUUAUCAGAAACCAUUAGUAAAAUUAUGGACUUAUUGGAUAACAACAACUUGCUUAUGGAUACUCUUGGGUAAGCAAAAGCUUGGGGUUGGUGAACCCCUCCAUAAAAUCACUGAAGCUCCAAUAACUAUAUCUAAACUUGUCAAGGCUGCUAUGGGACAAAGUAAACACAUGUCUGAUUUUAAAGGGCCCAUAGCUGAUGAGCUGCUCAUGCCUCUACUGUACUAUGUAUUUCCUGAUGCAGUUGAUGACAAUACUUUCAACUACCCUGAACAGCUGGAAGUAGAAUUUAAACAGGCAGAUGGAGAGCAGAAGUUGUGCAGUUAUGUGAAGACGAGUCCAGAGGGGGGCCUGGUAUGGCGCGUGUCGGUGACUGCUGCGCGGCUUUUCGAUGCUGGUGGUUUGCCGUACUUGGCACAUCUAUGGUAUGAGUUCUGUCAGGAGCUCCAAUACCGGUGGGAACAUCGUAUUCUCGUACCAGGAGUUGCAGACGGUAUACCCAACGCACGAACAUGUUUGCUUCAUCAAAAGCUGCAACUGCUAAACUGUUGUAUUAAGCGAGCUUUGGACGGCACUGGCAGUGUGGCGGGGAAUUCUUCGGAAGACGAAUUCUUUGAUUGUUCUGAAGGAGAAAAUGAAGAACAGUUGCCCUGGAACAGACCAGUCGGGCGACUCAAUAAAUUUGGCGACGCCACUUUAAAAAACGGAGCGCCUCUCUAUAUUCCCCGAACUCAGGAUCCUGCACCGAAAACUGAAGACCAGUUAGAAGAAGACGCAGAACUAAUGGUGCGUCUCGGAGAUGACGCGAAAGCGUCUGAACUUCGGGCUAGAAUGAUGAGUGCUUCGCUUCUCUCUGAUAUGGAGGCAUUUAAAGCGGCCAACCCGGGUGCCGAAUUAUGUGACUUCGUGCGUUGGUACUCGCCGCGAGACUGGAAACCUGACGAUGGUGGUGCACUAGGAGACCGGAUGUUAUUACCCGGGAACCCUUGGGUGGAGGCAUGGAGUGUCGCACGGCCUGUGCCAGCAGCUCGUCAGCGCAGACUGUUUGAUGAAACCCGCGAGGCUGAGCAAGUAUUGCAUUUCCUAAGGUCGCGAACUGUCAGUGCUGCCACUGAAUUAUUACUGCCGGCUAUUUUACGAGCUGGUGCAGCUAAAGCACACGAAGAGGGUGUACCAUGUGCUACUUCAUCAGUCGGUGGAGUAGACACUAGACGGACAUUUGAAAUAGCGGCUCGAGAACUAUACGAUGCCGAGAGGGAAGCUUGCAGAUCCUUGUGCUUGCGGACUGUGCUCGGCAGUAGCGAGGAAGGCAAGCCGCUGGACGUAGCUGGGCGCAACAGGAUACUGUCAGCAGCGGGCGGCGGGCUGCCGGCGGCGGCGCGGCGAGAAUUCACGCUGCGCGUGCGGGACAGCGUGGCGCCGCAGGUAAUGCGCACUGCGUUGGCCACCGACAUGACCAUCAUCGGCGUCUUCACAGAGCGCAUCGUGUGCUUGUAG